GAUUAGACACUAUUUCAUUGAUCGGAACCCAUGACUCAGCUACGUACAAAGUAUUUGGCAUACCUUAUGUGGGGACACAAUCCAUGACAAUAACUAAACAAUUAGAAGCUGGCAUACGUGUAUUCGACAUGCGAGUACGUUUGAUUGAAAAUAUUUUUGCGAUGCAUCACGAGCGUAUUUAUUCAAAAAUCAUGUUCGGAGAUAUUAUAAAUGAAAUAGAUGCUUUUGUAACAUCCAAUCCGAAAGAAUUUGUAAUUAUGUUCAUGCAGGAAGAGUGGUAUCGGGAAAACACAGAUAUGGACGAAUGUCAAAUUUUGGAAAGAUACAUUGAGCAGUAUACUGAUUUAUUUGUUAAAUAUUGGUCAUUCACCAACGCUAUCGGACAACAUCGUGGAAAAAUUUUAUUGUCCAGAGCUCAUAGAGGUUUUUUUACAUGUACAAAUUGGAUAUUAUUCUGUGGAGAACAGAAUAACUGGGAGGUGUCUCUCUAUUGCACUAAAGAUAAUAAAUGGAAGGAUAUUAAAAAUCUUCAAGAUGAAAUUUUUGAAUCAGAAGAACAUCUUCCAUGCUAUAUAAAUUACUUGUCAGGCAAUGGUAUUUUUUAUCUACCUUCACAAGUAUGCUGUAAAUCCAGGGUUCCUAUGGACCUUAAUUUUGGAAUGUUUAUUGAAGAGCUUGGAAUGAAUGAUAAAAUGGUUGAUUAUUUUCGUAAUCCAAAAAAUACGAUGUAUAUCGUGAUGGCCGAUUUUCCAUCUAUUCAACUGAUUCAAAAAAUUGUAAACAGUAAUUUUGAGUGAUUUUUGGCAUUUACUGUAUCUUCAAAAAUCAUAAAAAAAAUUUACAAUUAUUUCUGAAUUGUAA